GGGGUGGGGCAGAUGGAGAAGGCCCGACCCGGGCGGCCGCCGCUGAGUACUUGCCGUAUAGCAGUAAUGAACUGGGACAUGAAGCUGAAUUCCAUACUAAAUGACACCGACAGCAAUGUUGCAAAGAUUAAGCAAAGAUUGAAUACUGCUGGGUAUUGUACAAAAGAUGAUAUGCUUGCCAAAAUAGACACAAGAAAUAUCCAUUUCAGUGAUGCUAUACCUGUCUUUGUGGAACCCUUGAACUCCUAUUCAGAUACACUGAACCCUACAAUAACCAGGGAAGAAUUAACAGACAUCUACAGGAAGCUGCAAUCCCAAGGAAGGGCCAUUCAAUCUUUGCAUCAAAACUUAAUGAGAGUUGAGGCUGAAAAGGAGUACCAACAACAGAAGAUUAGAUCAUUAGAAGAGGAGAUUCGUCGAAUUCAUAGUCGACCCGACGACAGAAGUUUGGAUUUCCAACUGGAGAGAAAGAUGGAGGAAUGGCGGAGGGAAGUCUCAAAUGAAAUUUAUAGCUUGCGCGAGCAGGUACAACGGCAACGAGAUGGAGGCUUUAGUCAUGGGUCGACUACAAUUACUAAUGUGAUGCAAGAGGUUCGUGAAAGUAAGAGAGAGCUUUAUGAAGAAUUUGAAUCGCUUAGAAGAGAGAUUGAUAACCUGAAGCACAAACAACGGAGACAGGAGGAGGAUCUGCAGAAUCAGAUUUCUGAAACAAAGGACCUCAAGCGAUCACUUGAGAGAGAUAAUAAGACCUUGGGAGAACUAAUGAACAAAUAUCAAUCACAUUGUCUCAACUUUAAUCGAUCAAUUCAUGAACGGGAAUAUACUGAACAGGAACUUACGCAUGUCAAAUCUGCAGUUGCUGGCUUGAAGAAGCAAUUGACAGACCUUCAUCUUGGUGACCAUCUGACCAGUACACCAUCCAAACCGGGAGGCACAAACACAAAAGAAAAACGAUAUCGAAAGAAGAAGCAUAAAGCCCAAUCACUCAAUGAAGAUUCCGACUCAGAUUUCAGUUACACCCUGAGUCUGGUAGACAUCAGCUCAGAUGAUGAUUUCACUUGUUCACAAGACCUUGAUUCAUUUAAGCAAAAUAAAAAAGGUGCCAGGAGAACCACCAGCGGCAUCUCUACCUCGACCCUGGAGGACAGUGAAAGACAAUCAAAUGACUCUGAUGUCAGUGUGAACUUGGGACUUUCUGAUAGCCCGCCUGAAUUAAACCUCAGUGACCUGUCCUGACGCGGAGUUGUGGAAGACUCAUUCUGUAGCUCCUCUUACAACGCUCCCGUUUGCACUCCUAAUAUUGUAUUUAUACUUGAGAAAAUAUGACUGCCAAUUUCUUGGCCUGCAUAUUUUAGAUCAAAACUAUUCAAUUUGACAACAAGAGUUUUUUUAGAAAAGAUUGUGAAACCAUUCUGGGUGCUAUAGCAGUCUCGACCCUUAAACCCUAACCCAGAAUAUUGGACAAUUUUUCUAUAUUUUUAAAUAUUAUGUUUGUACAGAUCUAUAAACUAGCAUUUGUAUCCCUGUGAACUUAUUCUUUAAUUGACAAUACUUAUCUGGUGCUACUGCUCUACUGUAUACACUGUUAGUUAUGCUAUUGAAAUCAGAAGUUAUAUUGUAAUUUAACAACUAAUGAACGGAGACAUUAUCAGGUGGUCAGUAAUUUGGGGCUGUGCCAGAGAGGAGAAUGAUUCUCCAUCUCUUUCCUGUAAUUGGAAGAAGGUGCCUUGCUGAACAAUAGGAAAGCGCUUCCCCACAAGGAAACAAUCAGAAUCAUUCAUGGGUAUCUUUGCUGGCUGGUGAGGUAUUGGCUUGAGAACAUAUUGCCUACUUGCAGCCUUUGAUCUUAAAUGUUACUGUGCAGAGCAAUGAGGUUGUUUUUUCCCCCUAUCCACAGCUUUAACUCGCAGUGUAACUCAUUCCCCAGUGUUUUUCUACAUCGUUUAAUCCACGCAAAUUUUUCAGUGCUGUCUUGGAUUAUUCAAUUUUAGCCUUCAUUGUCAGUUUUGGAUGUUAUUGAUUUCUCUUCUGAAAGUAUUCUAUUUGUUACUGGUGUCAUUGCCUCCUUUAUAUUUUGGUCAAAAAACAUUUUCCUCACUGAGUCACUCAGUGUAGUAAACUGUGUACCUCCAUCCAUUAUUACAGGUCUCACAUUUUGUCUUGAGUUUUAAAAAGGCAGCAUCAAAUUCUGGCAGCAAUAUUCAAUUGUGUUAAUUGUGAAAAAAAUGAUAUCUCUUCAAUGGAGACUCAUUGCCGUGUGCGAUGAGCUCAGUUUGCAGCAAAAGCCAGUGGGGCUGGAAAAUCCUCCCACCUUUCCGCAGGUUAUUGAGGGAAGGGGAGGAGGGGAAGAUGAUGUGUUUAACAUCCCGAAUCCAAUCCUCUGUUCAAAUUCCUUAUUGAAGCCCGAUAUCACCUGGAAAUGUCAGUUUAAUUAUGGCUCCAGGUGGGCGCCUAAAAAAAAUGUAAUGUUAAUGUUUCAGGUGUGUGUUCCUUCAUUUGCUAUGACGAGGUAUUUUUAGGCAGGAAGUUGCCAGGUGAUUUUAGUGCAGAGGAGGGGAUGGCAACAGACCGCAGGGCAGCCAGCAGCAACCACAAAUAACACGAGAAGCACAAGUCUAAAAGGGAACUUCUUACAAAAAUCAUAUCCCGGUACAACAGCAGCAGCUUACCUUGGGUGGGGGAGGGGGGAAUAUAAAACCUUUACAUUGAAAAAUAAUUGCAGGUUCAGCUCCACUUUCACAAAGGCGAAAGGUGUAUAACACUUGAGCACUGCAGUUACAGAAGUCUUAUCAUUUACAGAAAUGGGGAUAAUUCCUCUGCUUACUGUUAAGGUUGUCUUCUUGUCCACAGAUUAGUUUUAGGUCGAGCUAUGUAAAGCUGUAUUUAUUGAUACAUAUACUGACAAUCACUGAACUGCAGGGAUGAUUAAUCUUUGAUUACAAUACCAUAAUUGAGUGCAAAGCAGUAAUUCCCUAUUGUGUGUUCUGGUCUGUAAUUAUUACCAUCAAACCCAGUGUUGGUGAACAGAACUGAAAAAUCAACCCAGUGAAUUGUUAUGAAAAUGCAGUUUACAUGGCAGCAACUACAGUAAUCGGAGGAAUUCAAAUUACUCUUUGAAACAGCUUGGUUCUUAUCACCUAAAUGCCUCGUAAUGAUUCUUUAGUGUCUUUGUGGCUGGGAAAAAAGUUUCCAUGGUAACAUGUACCCAGUGGUGAGAUAACCGUUCACAAAUUGCUUAACUCAAAUGAUCAUGUUAAAAUAUCGGGUCAUUCCGAUUAACUGGGAAAACAUCGAAGUAUGAAUGCUUUUGAAAUGGCUACUUUGUCAAAUUCAUGGAAAAUAACCUUUACUAAACUGAACAAUAUUUCCACCCAAAAUUUUCAAAAGCGACUGUUCUUAAACAGUGGAACCUGUUCAUCAAAUGGAUAAACAUUCCUCCACCUCAUUGCCCACCUCAGACCGUAUCUUAUCCCAAAUGUAGCCCAAACCCUUGUCACCUCCCACUUGGAUUACUCCGACCUCUCCGGUCUCCCCAGCUCCAACAUUCACAAGAUCCAACUCAUUUAAAACUCAGCUGCCCACAUUCCAUUCACUCUGGCACCUCCCUCUCUCUCCAACAUCCUCACCCUCCAAUUCACCACCUGGCACCUCCGCUGGACUAGCAACCGGUCUCCUACUUGUCCCU